UGAUCGCCGGUGCGCUGUGUCUCUCGGACACAGCGGAUCAUGGAAAGAGCCAUAGAUGUUGGCUCGGUCAUGUGAUCAGCUGUGUCCAAUCACAGCUGAUCACAUGGCAAUGAUGAUCAGUGUGCCCUGAUGAUCAGUGUGGCCCCAGAAGUGCCACCUGUCAGUGCUCAUCAGUGCCACGUGCCAGUGCCCAUCAGUGCCAAGUGCCAGUGCCCAUCAGUGCCACAUCAAUGCCACAUAUCAGUGCCAGUCAGUGCCACCUAUCAAUGCCAAUCAGUGCCACCUAUCAGUGCUGACAAUCAGUGCCACCUAUGAGUGCCAGUCAGUGUCACCUAUCAGUGCGCAUCAGUGCCAGUCAGUACCACCUAUCAGUGUCAGUCAGUGCCGCCUAA